GUCCGCGCAACACUACUGACUGGCUGUCAAACCUUUAUUUAAAGUACUAUCCAAAAUGGCAGCAACACGACGAUUGCAAAAGGAGUUGGCAGACAUUCGUGGCUCAUCAUUGAAAGCAUUUCGCGACAUAGUGGUGGAUGAAGCGAACCUCCUGCUAUGGUCUGGCUUGAUUGUGCCGGAUAACGUUCCGUACAAUAAAGGGGCGUUCAGGAUCGAAAUCAACUUUCCUGCUGAAUAUCCAUUUAAGCCGCCAAAAAUUUCAUUCAAAACGAAAAUAUACCAUCCAAAUAUCGAUGAGAAGGGUCAGGUUUGUUUACCAAUCAUCAGCGCUGAAAACUGGAAACCUGCCACCAAAACGGACCAGGUUAUUCAGGCGUUAAUAGAACUCGUAAACGAUCCGGAGCCCGAGCAUCCAUUAAGAGCAGAUCUUGCCGAAGAGUUCUUGAAGGACCGUAAAAAGUUUAUAAAGAAUGCGGAAGAACACACCCGGAAGCAUAGUGAGAAGCGGCCGGAGUAGUUUUCAUUUUGUUUUUUUACUGCUGAUGUACUCAAUUGUACAUUGACGUUGAUGUUGAUCAAAGAAAAUGCUUAUGUGCGUUAUAUAACUAUCAACAUAUUUCAAUAAGUUACUUCACCGUUCUUUAAAUCAAUUAUACGUUCGCAAAUGAAUUAUUCGGAGUAAGUCAAACUGCAAAACAAAGAAAAGAGCGACAAACGAAUGUCACAGCUAAUAAAAAUCGAAUAGAUCAAUA